AUGUCGAUGUUGAAAACCCAGUUUCACGAUGAUUCAGAUGCGGAUGAUGAAUACGAGCGCAGCCUCGCGUCUCCUCAACUGCCUACGGACUCGGAGAUAUCCCCCACCGACUCAGACUCCUUGUCUACAGAACAUACACCUACGACGUACGGAAAUUUGGGGGAUGACCAUGGCUCUCUACGGACAAACAUUGACGAGUGGACAGUGGAGGAAUGUGCAGAUUUUGUGGUUAGUCUAGGUCUGCGGCAGUACCGGGCUUCUUUCAUAGAAAAUGAAAUUGUUGGGGAAGCUCUCAUAGCUCUCAAACAUGAGGAGUUGAAAGAGAUGGGUAUUGCGAGUGCUGGACACAGAUUAACAAUCUUGAAGGGUGUAUACGAGACUAAGGUGAAGCACGGAGUCACCAUAGAUCCCGACCAUUAUAUUGCACCAUCUGCGGACCACAAUUUACAUGAGCCAGCAAAUUACGGAGAUAUUACUCGCCUGGCGCAGUCAAUACGUGCGCGCGAUGAAAGAUUAAGUGCUGUCGAGGCAGAAUUGAGAAGAGUGUCAGAGGACUAUCGGAGAUUGCGAGAGGAGCUUCUUCCCAUCUUCAAGAUGGCUAAGGACCGUUCUCAACCCUUGCCAUAUCAGCCCGCCGUGCAGUCCGGGACCACGUCAAGCCCGGAGCUCUAUCAUGAAACACCAAUGAUUGUAUCCCCUGGAAAUAUCCGCAAUGAGCCUUCGACAUUGGGUAGAUCGCUAUCUAGAAGAGUCUACAAUGGGGGCACUACUCCGAAAAGCAACAAUUCUCCCACACAUAUACCACAGUCAAUCCAUGAAAUGCGUUCUUACAACGAUGGCUCUAACAUGGACCCUUCUACGGCAGCUAUGGCAGCCUCUACGCACCUGACAGCAUCUAUGAAUGGUGGCGCUCAACCAUCACCCGGUAUUCCAUCCCCCACAUCACCCGGCCAAUUCAUGCAGCAAACGCUUGGACCUCGCUCGUAUGUAAGAGAUGGCAAGGGUUCCGCAUCCUCAAUCCGGGCGGGAUACGAUCACGAAGAGCUACCUCAACCAAACCCUACACCGGCGCCUGGUGCUGGUUCACGGAAUGAAUCGAGGAACGAAUCUAGGAAUACAGACUCGGCAGCUCCAAGCGUCGAGAUCUUCAAAUCGUUCCGAGUCUCCAUGGAUGAUCCUUGCCACAAAGUUCUACCAGCAGCUUUGAAGAAAUACAACAUCAAUGCGGAUUGGCGGCAAUAUGCUCUCUAUAUAGUGUACGGCGAUCAAGAGAGAUGUCUAGCGCUAGAUGAAAAACCCCUAAUUCUUUUUAAGCAACUUGACAAGGAAGGACGAAAACCAAUGUUUAUGCUUCGCAAGUCUGCACCAACAGAAGGCACGACGCUGCCUUAUCCCGGGUCUGUGGGCUCUGCACCCAAUAGUGCUGUUUUUGAUGGGAAGAAGGGUACAGUACCCGGUGGCGUUUUGUGA